AAAAAAGAGAGAGAGAGAGACAGAUUGAUUUUUCUUCAUAUCGACUCGCUUGAAUUCAUAGAAUCAAAGAAAAUAAAACCAAAAAAAUCAAAGGGGUUCACUAAAAGUGCGCCAAAAUUGCGAAUACUAAGGAGUAUGAGCUGCAAAAUGCAGAGGGGACCUCUGCUGGUUCGUCACCUACGCAGAAACUUAUGGACGAUCAACCUCGAAGUGAACCAUCACGGAUCUCCCCCUUUGAAGUUACCGAGCUGCAUCCGGCACCGACCGGUUUAAUCCUCGAGGGAGGAGAUUAUCCUCCAAUUCAAAGCUUUGCAGACGCAAAAAACAUAUGGUGUAUUGAGUCCUCCAAGCUAUGGGCCAUAGCUACUCCUAUUGCAUUCAAUAUUUGGUGCAAUUAUGGAAUCAACUCCUUCACCAAUAUCUUUGCCGGCCAUAUUGGUGAUAUCGAGCUCUCAGCUGUCGCCAUUGCUUUAUCUGUCGUUGCAAACUUCUCUUUUGGCUUCUUGCUUGGAAUGGCCAGUGCGUUAGAGACGCUAUGCGGGCAGGCAUUUGGCGCGGGACAAAUAGACAUGCUAGGCGUAUAUAUGCAGCGAUCAUGGAUAAUCUUAUUUGGGGCCUGUUUCGCGCUGUUGCCGCUCUACUUAUACGCCACCCCACUCCUGAAACUCCUUGGACAAGAGUCUGAAAUCGCAGAUCUUGCCGGAGAUUUCACCAUGCAAGUUGUACCUCAAAUGUUCUCGUUAGCCAUUAAUUUCCCGACACAGAAGUUCCUACAGUCACAGAGCAAGGUUGGGGUCUUGGCCUGGAUUGGCCUUGCUGCCUUCAUUGGACAUAUCAUGAUAAUUUACCUCUUCGUUAUCGUGUUCGAGUGGGGUACCAUUGGUGCAGCGGUGGCUUACGACAUCUCGGCUUGGUUGGUUGCACUGGCUCAACUUGUGUAUGUUGUCUGCUGUUGCAAGGAUGGUUGGACUGGGUUAUCAUGGUUAGCCUUUAAGGAUCUUUGGGGUUUCACAAAACUUUCUAUAGCUUCGGCCGUGAUGCUAUGCUUAGAGAUUUGGUAUUUCAUGAUGAUCAUUGUUCUCACAGGUCACCUCGACGAUCCGGUCAUUGCAGUUGGCUCUCUUUCCAUCUGCAUGAACAUCAAUGGCUGGGAAGGCAUGUUGUUUAUAGGAAUAAAUGCAGCUAUAAGUGUGAGAGUGUCGAAUGAGCUCGGAUAUGGACAUCCGAGAGCCGCAAAAUAUUCUGUGAUAAUCACGGUGAUACAGUCGCUUCUCAUAGGAAUACUUUCGGCGCUAGCAAUCUUGGCUACGCGAAACAAAUUUGCUGUCAUCUUUACCAAUAGUAUAGAGAUGCAAAAGGCCGUGGCUCGUUUGGCUCAUUUUCUUGGCAUAACCAUGGUGCUAAACAGUGUGCAGCCGGUUAUAUCAGGUGUUGCUGUGGGAGGAGGUUGGCAAGCCCUGGUAGCUUAUGUAAACUUGUUCUGCUAUUACGUUGUUGGCCUCCCACUUGGAUUUUUUCUCGGCUAUCAUAACCAUUCUGGGGUGGAGGGAAUCUGGAUUGGCAUGAUUUGUGGGACAUUCUUGCAGACAUUAAUCCUGUUGUAUAUUAUCUACAAAACUAACUGGAACACAGAGGUUGAACAUGCAUCGGAACGAAUGCGGCAAUGGGGAGCUGAAAUGAACGUCCCCCACUACGGAAUCAAUUAGUCACAGCAAACCUAAGACCUACUUUGUACACUUUUUGUACCAUUCUUCUUUGGUUCCUUUUCUUUAGAGCCAAGUAUAGUUUUAAACAUUUUUAAAAAAUUAUCCCAAUGCAAAGAGUACGUGGCAACAUAUAUGUAAAUAGCUAGGUUUGGUUACCGGAUGAAAACAUGUUAGACAACGAAAUUGUAA